UUAUUCACAAAUCUCCAGAUCAACCCCACUGCUUGUCUUGCUUCGCAAGCAGCAGCAGCAGCAGCCUAGGGCCUCAAAACCAAGCGAAGAAGACCUCCGAGAUUUAUCUCUCCCAGAGCUCCAUCCUCUAGGGUUUCAAGAUGUUUCUCACCAGAACGGAGUAUGAUCGGGGAGUGAACACUUUCUCCCCGGAAGGGAGGUUGUUCCAGGUUGAGUAUGCCAUCGAGGCGAUUAAGUUGGGCUCGACUGCGAUCGCGUUGAAGACGAAGGAAGGCGUUGUGCUUGCUGUCGAGAAGAGGGUUACUUCUCCUCUUCUGGAGCCAAGCAGUGUGGAGAAAAUUAUGGAAAUUGAUGAGCACAUUGGUUGUGCAAUGAGUGGAUUGAUUGCUGAUGCACGGACCCUUGUUGAGCAUGCCCGUGUGGAAACUCAGAAUCACAGGUUUUCAUAUGGUGAACCAAUGUCUGUUGAGUCAACUACACAAGCUAUAUGCGAUCUGGCUCUUCGAUUUGGUGAAGGCGAUGAGGAAUCCAUGUCACGGCCAUUUGGUGUCUCUCUUCUAAUUGCUGGUCAUGAUGAAAAUGGACCGUCCUUGUAUCACACAGACCCCUCUGGCACAUUCUGGCAAUGCAACGCAAAAGCAAUAGGUUCUGGUUCUGAAGGAGCUGAUAGCUCCCUUCAGGAACAGUACAACAAGGAAAUGACCCUUCAAGAAGCUGAAACAGUUGCCCUUUCCAUUCUGAAACAAGUCAUGGAAGAGAAGGUGACGCCAAACAAUGUUGAUAUCGCAAAAGUCGCACCAACUUACCACCUCUAUUCUCCUGCAGAGGUUGAAGCGGUCAUUAGUCGUCUGUAAUUCUGUCAACAUUAUUCCCUUAAACACUCGUCUGAAAUGCUUUUCAAUUUGAGGUAAUAUUUAUAUGUGAUGAAUUUCCAUUUUGGAGACAUCUUAGACUGUUUUGGCAGACACAAUGUGGUGGUUCUACACUUCUACUUGAGAGACUAAUGAUAAAGAGUGAUUCUGUUUCA